UGGAUGCUUGUCGGUGUGCAGUGAUGGUCGCCUAAGCACCAGGGGCUGCGUGCACGUGGCGGCUCAAACCCACCCACACUUCAGUGUUAGCACAAAGAUGGAUUCUCUGGAGCGAGUGGUCAACUCGGCGCCGCGCGUCCCGGCCCUGCCGUCGCCCGACGACGACGAGUCGGCCGCCGACGCCGAGGUCAGGGCCGCGGCGCGUCGAGUCACCUCGCUGACGCGCGGCGCCGCCUUGCCGACGGCCAACGACUGUCGCGUCUUCCUCUCGAGGGCCAACGGCGCCUCCCCGGGCGACUUCAGUCUGGCGCCCAAGCGGCCAGUGCUCUCCGGCUUCCUCGGCGGGGGGCCCAAGAACAAACACCUCAGCGGCCAGUUCUGCCUCGGAGGAGACACCAUGGAGGGCAUCAUCCAGUGUCUCGUCUUCCUCAAGGCCUUCUCGCUGGUCGGAGGCGAAUUCGACAUGGAACUCAACUUUGUGAUCCAGGACGCGCAGAACAUCCGCCACAUGCUGGAGCUUCUGGACCACUGCCCGCCCAGCUUGCAGGCUGAGAUCUGGAGCGUGUUCAUCGCCAUCCUGCGCAAGAGCGUGCGCAACCUUCAGGCGUGCACCGACGUCGGACUAAUCGAGCACGUGCUGAUCCGGCUGAGUCGUGCCGAAACCGUGGUCGCAGAUCUGCUGAUUGAAAUGCUCGGCGUUUUGGCCAGCUACAGCAUCACCGUGAAAGAGCUCAAAUUGCUGUUCGGUGCCAUGAAGGCAGCUAACGGCAAAUGGCCGAGACACUCCGCAAAGCUGCUCAACGUCCUACGACAAAUGCCGCACAGGACGGGCCCAGAUGUCUUUUUCAGUUUCCCAGGUCGCAAAGGAUCGGCGAUCGUCCUUCCCCCUCUCGCGCGCUGGCCUUACGAGAACGGUUUCACCUUCACCACUUGGUUCAGACUGGAUCCAAUCAACUCGGUGAACAUCGAGAGGGAGAAACCAUACCUUUACUGCUUUAAAAACAGCAAGGGCGUGGGUUACUCGGCCCACUUUGUAGGCAACUGUUUAGUGCUCACGUCGAUGAAAGUAAAGGGUAAGGGCUUCCAGCACUGCGUCAAGUACGAGUUCCAACCCAGAAAGUGGUACAUGAUCGCCGUCGUGUACAUUUACAACCGCUGGACAAAGAGUGAAAUCAAGUGCUUCGUCAACGGCCAGCUAGCGUCCAGCACCGAAAUGGCGUGGUUCGUGUCUACAAACGAGCCUUUCGACAAGUGCUACAUCGGUGCGACGCCAGAGCUGGACGAGGAACGUGUGUUUUGCGGUCAGAUGUCGGCCAUCUACCUUUUCGGGGAGGCUUUGACCACGCACCAGGUGUGCGCCAUGCAUCGGCUUGGACCCGGCUACAAAAGCCAGUUCAGGUUUGACAACGAAUGCUAUUUAAACCUCCCAGACAAUCACAAAAGGGUGAGUUUGGACGAUGAGAUUUCUGUAGAUAGUGCUGCAAGCAUGACUCCUGAGUUCAACCUUUUCACUGUUCUUUACGACGGCAAGCUAUCGAGCGCAAUAGUUUUCAUGUACAACCCAGUGGCGACGGACAGCCAGCUCUGCCUGCAGUCGGCGCCAAAGGGCAACCCAGCUUAUUUUGUUCACACGCCACACGCCCUUAUGCUACAGGAUGUCAAAGCGGUCGUCACACAUUCCAUUCACAGCACCCUCAACUCCAUAGGCGGCAUUCAAGUACUGUUUCCGCUCUUCUCUCAGCUCGAUCUUCCCUAUGACGGAGGGCCCAAUUCAGCUGAAUGCAAGAAAGACCCUAAUUUGUGUGCUAAACUGCUCGGCUUCAUCUGUCACUUGGUGGAAACGUCGCAGACCGUCCAGCAGCACAUGAUCCAGAACCGCGGCUUCCUGGUGAUCAGCUUCAUGCUGCAGAAGGCGUCGCGUGAGCACCUGACCAACGAGGUGCUGAGCUCAUUCCUGGCGCUCACCAAGCACCUGGUCACCUGCCUCUCGGGGCACAGUGAGUUGAUGCUCAAACAGUUGUUUUGCUUCUCGUUCCUCACGUGGCAGCUGCUGGACCACGUGCUCUUCAACCCUGCCCUCUGGAUCUACACACCGGUGCCUGUGCAAACUCGACUCUACUCGUACCUGGCCACCGAGUUCCUCGCCGACACGCAGAUCUACUCGAACGUGCGCCGCGUCUCAACCGUCCUGCAAACCAUGCACACCUUAAAGUACUACUACUGGGUGGUCAACCCCAGAGCCAAAAGCGGCAUCACCCCCAAAGGCCUUGAUGGUCCUCGUCCGCAGCAAAAGGACAUUUUGGCCAUCAGAGCGUACAUUCUGCUCUUCCUGAAGCAGCUGAUCAUGAUCGGCAACGGCGUGAAAGACGACGAGCUGCAGAGCAUCCUGAACUAUCUGACCACAAUGCACGAGGAUGAGAAUUUACACGACGUGCUGCAAAUGCUGAUUUCCCUGAUGUCGGAGCACCCUUCCUCGAUGGUGCCAGCCUUUGACGUGAAGCAGGGAGUGCGCACAGUUUUCAAACUGCUGGCUUCCGAGAGUCAGUUGAUACGCCUCCAGUCACUGAAGCUGCUCGGAUUUUUCCUCAGCAGAAGCACGCAUAAGAGAAAAUACGAUGUGAUGAGCCCUCACAAUUUAUACACACUGCUUGCCGAAAGACUGCUACUAAAUGAAGAGACUUUAACAUUACCAACUUAUAAUGUGCUCUACGAGAUACUGACGGAGCACAUUAGCCAGCAAAUUCUUUACACCCGUCACCCCGAACCAGAAUCGCACUACAGACUAGAAAAUCCAAUGAUCUUGAAAGUUGUAGCUACCCUGAUAAGACAGUCAAAGCAGACGGAGAACCUGCAGGACGUGAAAAAGUUGUUCCUCUCAGACAUGACUCUGCUCUGCAACAACAACCGAGAGAAUCGACGAACUGUGCUGCAGAUGUCAGUGUGGCAGGAAUGGCUGAUUGCCAUGGCGUACAUCCACCCGAAGAACACUGAGGAGCAGAAAGUGUCUGACAUGGUGUACUCGCUGUUCCGCAUGCUGCUGCACCACGCGAUAAAGCACGAGUACGGUGGCUGGCGAGUGUGGGUUGACACGCUUGCCAUCGUUCACUCGAAAGUCUCCUAUGAAGAGUUCAAGCUGCAGUUCGCGCAAAUGUACGAGCACUAUGAGCGGCAGCGAUCGGACAACAUCACCGACCCAGCCGUGCGGCAGAUGCGUCCGAUCAGCACCAUCUCUGGAUGGGAGCAGCAGGCAGUCAACGGCUACCAGAGCUCACCGUCGCUGCCCGACGAGACGCGUGCAAUCGAUCAGGACAAAGAGCAGCAGCAGGAGCCAGACCCGUCACAGGAGUGCCACUGUGACCUGGGCGAGAACGCUGACGACCUGGCCAAAUACCAACAGCAGGCCAUGAAAAUCAUCGACGACAAGCAGAGUGACUUCCCAAUCGAUUUUGUCAAGCCCGGCGAGGGGGCCGAAGCGAAGGAGGAGGUUCUAGGUGGAGGCACCAGCACCGAGUCGCUCAUCGGCAGCGGAGAGAAGUCGUCCGAGUCGCCGGUGAGCAGCCAGUCGCCGCAGAAGGAGCCCGGCACGCCCUCGACCGAGACAGAGACAGAGGAGAGCCCCAUGAAGGCCGAGGAAAGUCCCGAAAAGUCUGAAGAAGGUCCCGAGAAGGUUGAAGAGGGUCCUGAGAAGGUUGAAGAGGGUCCCGAGAAGGUUGAAGAGGGUUCUGAGAAGGUUGAAGAGGGUUCUGAGAAGGUUGAAGAGGUCUCCGAGACGGUUGAAGAAGGUCUAGAGAAGGUCAAGGAAAGUCUCGAGAAGGUAGAGGAUGGUGCUGAGUCUUCGAGUAUAAAGGAGGAAAUUCCUGAGAGUGUGGAUGUCGAAAAGACUGUUGAAAAGGAGGAUGAAGUCUCAAUUGGAAAGGAGGAGAAAAUUGAGACAAGUGAAAGUUUUGAAGAUGCGAUUGGAGAGCUGAAGGAAAAUCCAAAAAUCGAGGAACCAGAGGUGCAAACAGAAGUCAAGGAACCUAAGGAAAAGACAGAAGUUCAAGAACCUGAGACCACCCUUGAAGAAAAGAAGGAAGAGGAAGAAAUUAAAGAGCCAGAAGUAAUAAUUAAAGAAGCAGAGGAAACCAAAGCAGAAGCAGCAGAGACACCAGAGCCUGCUGAACCUGAAAAGGUGGAAGAAGAAUUGACUACGACACCAUCCCCAGAGAGCUCGUCACCGCCCCCGAGUGCAGAGCCACCUGCCGAGGACGCAGGGGAGGUUCCCACUUCACCUACACCGUUGCCUGAGUCGAACCAAGUGCCAAAUUCUGAUGAUCCCAGCUGUGAUACGUGUAAUAACCAGGACGCGGUGGUGCCCAGUUUACCCUCACCCAAUAGUGAUCUUGUUUUGCCGCCAAAAACAGUAGUGCUGCAGAAGGAGCCGUCAGUGGAGGAGAAUCAAAACGAAACGCCAGAAAAGGAGUUGGUCAGUGUGCUGAGCAUCGACGAGCCGGCCAAGGAUGAAUCGGUGAAGCGUUCUCCACAGAAGCGCCCGCACAGCUCGUCGACCGCCACCCAGGUCGAUCCGGUUCACUUUGAUUCUAAGCGCUCAAAGUCGGGAUCCUCAACCGGCUCGAACAAGGGCCAAGGCGGCCGAACGAUGUUUAGUCCUGGACCAACCCGACCUCCAUUCCGUAUUCCUGAGUUUAAGUGGUCGUACAUCCAUCAGCGGCUCUUGUCGGAUGUGCUCUUCUCGCUGGAGACUGACAUUCAAGUUUGGAGAAGUCACUCAACCAAAUCUGUCCUGGACUUUGUCAAUAGCGGCGAAAACGCAAUUUUUGUGGUCAAUACGGUGCACCUGAUUUCACAGCUGGCUGACAACUUGAUAAUCGCUUGCGGCGGCCUCUUGCCACUGCUAGCUUCCGCAACCUCACCAAAUAGUGAACUGGAUGUGAUUGAGCCGACGCAAGGAAUGCCUGUCGAAGUUGCGGUGUCCUUCCUGCAGAGGCUGGUGAACAUGGCCGACGUGCUCAUUUUCGCAAGCUCCCUUAACUUUGGAGAGCUGGAGGCUGAGAAAAAUAUGUCCAGCGGUGGCAUCCUCAGGCAGUGUCUCAGAUUGGUCUGCACAUGUGCGGUGAGGAACUGCCUGGAGUGCAAGGAGAGGAGCCGGCCAAGCAUUGCCAACGCGUCCUCGUCAUCUCUGCCCGCUGGCAGCAAGACGGCGCACCUGCAUUCACUGGUGCGCGGUCAGAACUCACCAAAGAUCUCCGCCUUCAAGAGCAUGGCCGAGAGUCUGAACUCGGUCGGCAGUCCUGUGAAGGACCCUGAAAAGCUGCUGCAGGACAUGGACGUGAACCGGCUGCGCGCAGUCAUUUACAGAGACGUGGAGGAGACGAAGCAAGCGCAGUUCCUCUCAUUGGCCAUCGUCUACUUUAUUUCGGUGCUGAUGGUGUCCAAGUACCGGGACAUCCUGGAGCCGCCUACGACUCCUCCGACGCCAAGCCCGGCGCCCCUGCGAAGCAACGGCACCAGCUCGCACCACCUGCACUCGCACUCGUCGCCAGAGUGCGGCGGGCGCUCGGGACGUCCCCUCUUCCCCCAGUGGUCGCACCACGUCCACCCCCAGUUCCUGCCCCCUCAUCCCCACCCCCACCAGCCGCCCCCGUCCCGCUCCCAUUCUAGACAAUACCUGCGAAACCACACAAAACUGCCCCCUCACAUGCGGCACACUUAUCGAAACAACAAUCGCGGGACAGGAGCGAUUCACGGAGAGGACUGCGCUGAAGACAGUGAAUAUGAAGUCAUCGUGGUCGAUGAAAACAACUCUUCUGUUCUAGAUCACGAGUCGUCAGUUGCUUCCUCCAUCAAGGCUAGAGGGCGUUCGGGAUCUGCUCAUAUUGCUCCCAUUGCUCACACGUAUGAUGUAGACUUGCCAGAAAGCGUGCGAUAUGCUCCAAUGAGACCUCGUACUCUGUCUCAACCAUUCGAGAGUGUGGACCCUGCUGAGGAGACAAACUGCAACGUGCCGGAGCAGAUUCCGACCGAGCUGACGACGCCAGCGCAGCCGCUGGAGCUAAUCGGCCAGCAGCAGGUGGAGGAGAGCUGGACCGACGUGAACCUGAACGAGGACAGCGACGCGCUGAACCGCGAGGACCACCACAACAUGCACAACUUCUCGCACUCUAACGAGCUAACAGAGCCGGCGGUGUGUGAGCGUGGGGACAAGAUGACCGCUGAGAUCUCAGUGGUCAGGGUGGUGCCCAACAGUCCGGACGCGUCCAUGAUGCCGUCGUCGGCGCGGCCCGAGGAGCUGCCCAUCAAGAGUCUGGUCAACACAGACAACCUGCCAGUGCCUACGCCGUCGAGGGAGGCCAGUCUCACGCAGAAGCUGGAGACAGCGCUCAGCUCGGUCUGUCCCCUCCUCAGGGAGAUCAUGGUCGACUUUGCGCCCUUCCUCUCCAAGACUCUCGUCGGCUCGCACGGCCAAGAGCUCCUCAUGGAGGGAAAAGGUUUGACGACUUUCAAGAACAGCAACUCUGUGGUGGAGCUGGUCAUGCUUCUGUGCUCGCAAGAAUGGCAGAACUCGCUUCAAAAACACGCCGGCCUGGCUUUCAUCGAGCUCAUCAACGAGGGUCGGCUCUUGUCUCACGCCAUGAAGGACCACAUUGUCCGUGUGGCGAACGAAGCCGAGUUUAUCCUCAACAGGAUGCGUGCUGACGAUGUCUUGAAACACGCUGACUUUGAGUCGCAAUGUGCUCAGACGCAAGUGGACAGGCGCGAAGAGGAAAAAAUGUGCGACCACCUGAUCACUGCCGCCAGACGCAGAGAUAAUGUCAUCGCCAGCAGGCUGCUAGAGAAGGUCAUCAACAUUUUGUCCAACAAGCACGGCGCCUGGGGAUUCAUGGAUCCGAAACAAGCUAGGCAAAAUGAAUAUUGGAAGCUGGACGUUUGGGAGGACGACGCGAGGCGCAGAAAGCGUCUGGUGCACAACCCAUUGGGCUCCAGCCACCCUGAAGCCACGCUCAAGGCUGCAAUCGAGCACGGUGCCCCAGAAGACGCGAUUCUGCAAGCCAGGGAGGAGUUCCACGCUCACCUCGCCGUCUCCAGGUCGCAGCAGCAAGCGUUAACCUCAUCCGACUUGCUUGAUGACUCGGAGUUAGCUGCUGAUGAUAGAGACCUGGACUGUGAUCUCACUGGCCCCAUCAACAUAAGCACCAAGGCGAAAUUGAUUGCUCCCGGCAUCACUGCUGCCGGCAUGGUCUCCAUCACCAGCACCGAGCUGUACUUCGAGGUGGACGAGGACGACCCUGAGUUCAAGAAGCUGGACGUCGAGGUGCUCAAAUACUGCGACCACCUCCAUGGAAAGUGGUACUUCUCGGAAGUGCGGGCCAUCUUCGCCAGGCGCUACCUCCUGCAGAACACGGCCAUCGAGAUCUUCCUCGCCAGCAGGACUUCGAUUAUGUUCGCCUUCUCGGACCAAACCACCGUGAAAAAGGUGAUCAAGGCGUUGCCCAGAGUCGGCGUCGGCAUCAAAUAUGGCAUUCCGCAGACCAGGCGUGCGUCAAUGAUGUCACCACGUCAAUUAAUGAGGUCAUCCAACAUGACGCAAAAAUGGCAGCGCAGAGAAAUCUCCAACUUUGAGUACCUCAUGUUCCUCAACACCAUCGCAGGACGUACCUACAAUGACUUGAACCAGUACCCCGUCUUUCCCUGGGUACUCACCAACUACGAGUCAACCGAACUCGACCUCAGCCUGCCUUCCAACUACAGGGAUCUUUCAAAGCCGAUCGGCGCUCUAAAUCCGAGCCGCAGAGCCUACUUCGAGGAGCGCUACGCCAGUUGGGAGCACGACAGUAUUCCUCCGUUCCAUUACGGAACUCAUUACUCAACAGCUGCCUUUGUCCUAAACUGGCUCAUCCGAGUGGAGCCGCUCACCACCAUGUUCCUGGCGCUGCAGGGCGGAAAGUUCGACCACCCAAAUCGCAUUUUCCACUCGAUCUCGCAGUCGUGGAAAAACUGCCAGAGGGACACGUCCGACGUCAAGGAGCUGAUCCCAGAGUUUUUCUUCCUGCCGGAAAUGCUGGUCAACUCGAACAACUUUAAACUUGGCCAUCACGAGGACGGCGUAUCAGUCAGCGACGUCCAGCUGCCACCGUGGGCCAAUUCGCCGGAGGAGUUCAUCAGGAUCAAUAGAAUGGCCCUUGAAUCUGAAUUUGUGUCGUGCCAGUUGCACCAGUGGAUCGACCUGAUCUUUGGCUACAAGCAGCGAGGACCUGAGGCAGUCCGCGCUACAAACGUGUUUUACUACCUGACUUACGAAGGCAGCGUUGACCUGGAGUCCAUCUCAGAUCCAGUGAUGAAGGAGGCCAUUGAAAACCAAAUUCGCAACUUUGGUCAGACGCCGUCGCAGUUGCUGAUGGAGCCUCACCCACCGAGGAGCUCUGCCAUGCACUUGUCACCAAUGAUGUUCUCGAGCAUUCCUGACGACGUGUGCAUGAGCAUGAAAUUCCUGUCCAACUCGCCAAUCUGCCACAUCUCCGCCAACACGUACCCGCAACUGCCGCUCCCCUCUGUGGUCACCGUCACGGCCAACCAACACUUUGCAGUCAAUAGAUGGAACCCAAGCUAUGCUGCUUCAGUGCAAUCUCCAAGCUAUGCGGAAACGCCUCAGGUCACUGCCACGAAUCUUCCCUUGUCAAUGGACCCUGUUUUGUCACAAUCAACGAAUAGUUCAAGCCCGGCUCUGAAGAGGCACUUGGGAGACAACUUCAGCCAAAAAAUCAGAAUCCGGUCAAACUGCUUCGUGACAACCGUGGACAGCAGGUUUUUGGUCGCUUGCGGCUUCUGGGACAACAGCUUUAGAGUCUUUUCAACUGAGACUGCCAAAAUCGUGCAAAUCAUUUACGGACACUACGGCGUGGUGACCUGUCUGAGUCGGUCCGAGUGCAACAUCACCUCUGACUGCUACAUCGCGUCAGGAUCGGCCGACUGCACCGUGCUGCUGUGGCACUGGAACGCCAGAACCCAGACCAUCGUUGGCGAGGGAGAGAUUCCAACCCCGAGGGCUACCUUGACGGGACACGAGCAGCCUGUCCUGAGCGUCGUCAUCUCUGCAGAACUCGGCCUCGUUGUUUCAGGGUCCAAAAGUGGUCCCGUAUUGGUGCACACGACCUUUGGCGAUCUGUUGCGCUCCCUGGAGCCAGGCGCCGGUGCCCACUCGCCGGAGAACAUCGCCAUGUCACGCGAGGGUUUGAUCGUGGUCAACUAUGAGAAGGGCCACGUCGCCGCCUUCACCAUCAACGGCAAACGGCUGCGACAGGAAGCUCACAAUGACAACAUCCAGUGUCUGCUGUUAAGCCGAGACGGCGAAUACCUGAUGACCGGAGGGGACAAGGGCAUCGUCGAAGUCUGGCGCACCUUCAACCUGGCUCUCCUAUACGCCUUCCCUGCUUGUGACAGCAGUGUCCGUUCUAUCGCACUCUCUCACGAUCAAAAGUUCUUGCUAGCAGGAUUGGCGACCGGCUCAAUAGUGGUGUUCCACAUCGACUUCAACCGGUGGCACCACGAGUUCCAGCAAAGGUACUGAGUCACUCUGUUAGCGCUCAACGAACUGCAGUGUUUGCCCUCUUUGUUUCCCUCGUCGUGCAACAAUAAUGAUUACUAAAACACACACGCUACACUGUCCUGAGGCGAGCAUACGAAUUUUUCAGCCGCAGAACUUCCAUUCGAGAUAAAACUGUACUUAAUCGUGCGCGCAUGAAACAAUUAUAACUGUACAUUCCGGAAAAGAAAACCCAAUUUUGUAUUGUGAGUAAAAACAAAGAAACAAACAACAAAAAAGAAGAAGACACGGAACUAAGUAUAAGCAAAAAGAGUAUUUUGUACCAAUUUUAAUAUAACCACUUAAUUUUUGUAAGCAUUCCAAUUCUGUGAUUUUGCUUGAUAUGAAAUUGUCUUUGUCAUGUGUACUCUUCAAUUUGCGACAGAAAAAAAAAUACCAACAGCGAAUGCAUCGUGGAGUUUUUAAAAUUUUGAUAACUGCCUUUAAAAUGAUUGAGAUGCAGCAUUUUUUUUCUCUCCCUCUUUAGAUUCACUCAACUCACAUGGAAUUACUUAAGUUGUGCUCUAGUCUAACAAGGAUGCAAAUAUAUAACUUUAGCCCUUACUGAACGAGUUUUAGUCUAGUACGAAAGUCAACAAAAACACCAUGCUGUAAAUAGGAAAUCUAUUUAAAAAUACUUAUAUAGAAAGUUGAAUCGGUUCUCGGACGAGUAAAUAAAUAAAUAAAUAAAUCUUGUUUAGACAUGGAAAUUGAACACACACACACACUCACAAUUUAAUCUAAUAUGGGCGUCAAUUGAUGUUGGAGCGUUGCCUGCUGUUUUUUUCACUGUUUGCAGUGUGUCAAAUCGAAAAACUGACUCUCUAGUCAUAUAAGCAACUGUCGUACUUAAACGCGUUCCCCGCAACGCCGCACAUAAUAAUAAAUAUAAUACAACUUUGCUGAUUUGUAGCCGAAAAAAUCACACACUCGAGAGGUGCACGCACACAUUACAUUUUCCGCUUGAUUCCCUCCUUUCUUGUGCAGAAUGUUUGCGAAAAUGUGGUGAAAAUGUGUGCACACGCCGCCUCCAUGGUUAGUUGUUGCUAUUGCGCAAGUAGAAAAGAGUAAUUAAUCCGUUCCACUGCUGCUAGCCGCGCUCACGCCGCUUGACUUUUGAGAAAAAUAAGAAUUAAAAAAAAAAGAAAUCCAGAUUCUCUCCUUCCAUUGCACAUUCUGCGAUUUAAAGAAAAUAAGGUUUGUUAGACACGAUGGAAAACUUUGGUGUGGACGAAGUACUGAAAUGUUGUGACCGAGUGCCGUAUUUUUGUAUUCGAUUUUGUCUUGCGGACAAACGCUGUUUUCACGAAUGUACGAACGAAGCGCCCAUUCCUUUCCACGAAGUGUAGACCCGCCCGCCGCCUGAGAAAGUUGAAAAAUAAUAUCUGUGUAGUACUGUACGCAGCAAUUAAUGGCGCUUUGUGUUUGAAAAGAAGACACGUGAUCUUUUUAUCGAAUUGUUGAUUGAUUGUUAAGUAUUAUUAAUGUUAUUUGUGUUCCCGUAUGUAUUAUUGUUUGUUGUUUCUUUUUGCGUUCCCGUAUAAUAUCGUAACACUGGUUUGGGUUGUAGCAUUUAAAGUCGUAUAUCUUUAAAGAAAUAUGAAUAAAGUCUCAAAAAACUCACAGAGUAGACGAUCGAAUGUAAGCUUCGAUGAGCGUAGAUAUAUUAUAUAAAAUUUAAAACAUUUGUUUGGCUUUUAGAUUUUUAAACGACGCGCUGACCUUUUUGUCUUUUGAAAUCACACAAACACACACACAUUCAAUCUUUCACGUAGUUGGUGCAACGUAGAUAUUGAUGAAAAUCAAAUUAUUAAACACACACACCCACACACACACACCGUUUGAAGAGGAUGCAAUUAAUAUUCCACACCUGACACACGAGACAUUCUGGUGUAGCUUUUAGAAGAUGAAACUCUCAUACAUAACUGCAUUAACGUUUAAAUACACGAGGAAGGAUACGCAAUUUAUGUCAAACGCAGCAGAAAUUGUACUUAAAAUCUACCGAGUAAAGAUGAUUAUUGUAGAUGUUGUUAUGGAUGCAUUAAGUAUUAAUAAAGAUUAUUUGAAUUGUACUAGAAAAAUGUA